GCCUGGCUUUCUAUCCACUGAGCCAGCCAGCUUUUUCUCCAGUUAAGGAAAAGCAAGGGAUUAAGAAUUCCCUUUUACAGACUUCCAGGUUAACAUGGCUGCAGUGUAAAAGCAGGACUCUUCCUCUUCUAACCUACUAUCGAUAUAGACUACCUCAAAAGGCCAAAAAAAGAAAAAAACAAGUUCAGGUGAACAAAGGGACUCCACAGUAGGGUGCAGCAUUGAAGGUACGUGGGAUUUGGGCAUUUCCACACUAUAAGGUGGUGAAAUAGCUCCCCAAAAUGGAAACUGAUCAACCCUCCCCCACCCCACCUGUGGAACCAGAAUCAGAGUAAGCAUACUAGAAUCAGAAAGUGAAGCAAGGGGCACCUCUAGGUCCUUGGCAGCUGACUAAGAACACCAAGGAUCUACCCCUGAAAGCAGCUAGACUUGAGACCCCAGCAGGUUGAAGAGUGGACCUUGGGCUCAGAGAUAACUCAGAGAAGGGCAACACAUAAUAGAAGCAGAGGAGACUUGAGAGGUGGCCUCAGGCAAAAAUUGCUCCUUAGCUCCAUACACAGAGAGCCUUCCCUCCUCACUCAGACUUCUGACAGGAAAGGGAAGGAAAAACCAGCAAAGUGAUGGCAAACAAUGCCCAGAAAGUACAAUUUCCAAACAUCAAGAAGAACAAGAAGAAGGCUUUGACCCUGGAUAAUUUUUAUGGUGAAAAAAUUCAAACUACAGAGGAAACAGCAGAGUAAUACAAACAAGUAAAUGCAUCCAAAACUUCCAAAAAAUGGAAACUGGCCACAAGCUCUUGAAGAAUUUAAAUCAAGGAUUUUGAGAAAGAUGGAAGAGAUUUGGCAAGAAAAGUGGGAAAUAGUUCAAAAAGAAAAUAAUAGUCUAAAAGAUAGGAAUUCCCAAUUGAAUAAACAAGCCUAGAAAUCAAAUGAAAUGAUAAAUAAAUUGGAGACCAAAAUUAAACAGCUGGAAGCCAUGAUAAGCAGGAUAGACCAAACCAAAAAGGAAAAUAAAAAGGUUAUAGCAGAAAAUCAAAAGAUUAUAGUGGAAAACCAGUCUUUAAAGACCAGAAUUGGGCAACUGGAAGAAAAUGAUCUUGCAAUGGCAAGAAUUAAUAAAGCAAAGUCAAAAGACUGACAAAAUUGAAGGUAACAAAAAUAUCUCACUGACAAGAUGAUAGACGAUGAAAACCAGUCUCAAAAAGACAUUUUGAGAACCAUUGGUCUACCUGAAAACCCAGAAAUAAAUAAAUUAUCAUACUACAAGAGAUUAUCCAAGAAGAUUAUCCAAGCUGCCCUGAUGUUCUUGAACAAGGCAAAAUAGAUAUUGAAAGAGUUAAUAGAAUACCCUCAACACUAAAUCCUCAAAAGACAACCCCCAGGAAUGUAAUUGCCAAAUCCAAGAGCUUCCAAGCUAAGCAGAAAUUUUUACAAGAAGCCAAAAAAAGACAAUUCAGAUGUCAGGGAGCACCAAUCAGGAUUACACAAGAUCUGGCAGCUUCCACACUAAAGGACUGCAAGACUUGGAAUAUGAUAUUCAGAAAGGCAAGAGAACUGGGUCCUCAACCAAGGAUCCCUUAUCCAUCAAAACUGACUCUAUACUUCCAGGGGAAAGUAUGGACAUUCAAAAAAAUAGAUUUUCAAGUAUUAGUUAAAAAAAAAAGACCAGAACUAAGUGGAAAUUUUGAUAUCCCAACACAAAAAUCAAGAGAAACAUGAAAAGACAGCAUAUGGUAGAGUUUUGGAUUCUAAUCCACUCUGAUAUUUGCUUGCGUUUUAUGGGUGCCACUUGAAAAAUGGAUGAUGAUGAUUUUGGUGGUUUUGAGGCAGCAGAGACCUUUGAUGGGGGAAAUGGUGAAACCCACACAACCUCUCCUGCUAUUCCUUGGGCAGCAUUUCCAACAGUAUCUGGAGUCCAUAUCACCCCCCCUGUUUCUCCUGAGAGUAUUCUGGAACAACCUUUGUCCUCAGCUCAUCUUAUCUCUUCUAAGCCCAUCAUUUCAUCACAGAAUAAUGCACUGAUUGUUCCACAAACAGGCAACAAUAUUGUAAGUCAUGCAUUAUCUAAAGAUCAGGUUCAGCAAUCAACAAAUACUGUUGAUCCUUCAGUUUCUCCAUUGAACUUAACUGAUAAAAAAAACAAUGAAACAGUUAAACUUGUGGAUGCUGCUGCUGAAGAUCACAAGGCUAUUGGGUUAAACAUGGAUCUUCGAGAAAAAAUUGCAAGCUUAGAGGUUAAACUUAAAACUUCUGAAGAGGAAAAACAGAAAAUUAAAAAGGAUUUAGAAAUGUUGCUGGAAAAGCAUAGAAUUCUAGAAAAAGACUUCCUAAAAGACAAAGAAGAUGAAGCACUUUCUCACCAAGAUAGAUACAAAAUGCUUCAGGAAAAACAUAAGCACCAGUUAGAAGAUAUGAGGAAAGCUGGGCAUGAAACUUUGACCAUUAUUACAGAGGAAUAUAAGGCAUUACUGCAGACUACAGUUCAGCAGCAAGCAGACUCUAUUGAAAAGCAGUACAUAUCUGCGAUUGAAAAACAAGCUUGCAAGUGUGGGGAGCUGCUUAAUGCUCAGCAUCAGAGGCUUUUGGAUAUGCUUGAUGCAGAGAAGGAACAACUAACAGAAAAACUAAAAGAAGCUUUGACUCAACAGUCACAGGAACAAAAGGAAAUUUUGGGAAAAUGUUUGGCAGAAGAAAUGCAAAGAAACAAAGAUGCAUUAACAACUGCAGCAAAGAUUGAAAAAGCAACAAUGAAGGAUGCUAUUUUAAAGGCGGUAGAAGAAGAAAGAAAAAAGUUGGGAAAAGUUCAUGCUGAAGAGAGGGAUUUAUGGAAAGCUGAGCAUGACAAAGAUCAAGAAAAGGUGGCUCAGGCAAUCCAAGAAGCUUUACAAGAACAAAGAAAGAUAAGUCAGGAAAUACUCAAGGAAGCAAUGGCAGAGGAGCAGAAGCGAAGUGAAAAGGCUGUGGAAGAAGCUGUGAGAAAAACAAGAGAAGAAUUGAUAGAGUAUGUAAAGGAGCAAAAGAGGCUUGACCAAUUGCCAGUUAGUCAGAAAGACUUAAUUAGAAAUGACGAACUGGAGGAUUUCCACAUGAAUUGGAAGAACCUCCAUCAACUGAUUCAGAGAAAAACCAGGAGAACCUUAUACACAGAGACUGAUACACUGUGGUACAAUCGAACAUAAUAGACUUUGCUACUAAUAGCAAUGGAGCAAGCCACUACACUCCUGAGGGACUUAUGGAAAAGAAUGCUAACCACAUUGAGAGAAACAACUAUGGGAGUAGAAACGCAGAAGAAAUGCAUCAUUUGUUUAUAUGGAUAUAUGAUUUAGGGUUUUGGUUUUAAAACAUCACUCUGUUGCGAAAAUGAAUAAUAUGGAAAUAGGUGCCAAGUGAUAACAUUUGUAUAACCCAGUGGAAUUGCUUGUCGGCUCUGGGAGGGGGUAGUGAAGAGGGGACAGAAAGAAAAUGAAUAAUGGAAACAUGAAAAAAUAUUUUAAAACUAAAAAACUCAUUAAGGUAAGAAAAAAAAAGACUCAAUUAGCCUUUACAAAUCUAGGUAUUCACUGAGGUAUUAUAGUAAUAGUAGGUGUUAUUUUGCCCCCAAAAGCAUGUGACACAAACUUUCCCCAUUAGUACAUUAGUACAAAAUCCAAGAGAAUGUGAGCAUGAGAUUUAGAAAGCAGAUGUGAAAAAAAAGCUGUAAAUCAAAGCUUACAGUGGCUAAAGUCCUUGUCUCCCCCUCAUGAGGAUACUCAUGAAGUUUCCUUGAAGUCUGGAGGCCUCUCUUCCUGCUUUUCCUGAGUGUCUAGUGAUUUCCUAAUGCAGAUAUUGUCACCAGCUACUGCUCUUCCAGAGACAAUGCUGAGACAUCAGUGAGAAGUCCUGAUCAUGGACAAGAAGAGGUUGGGGAGGAGACAAACUCGCCUCUUCCCUCAGCAAGUAAUUUCCUCUCAAGAGGAAUGGAACUUCUGUCUUUCCUAAGCUGCCAAAUGCUUAAAUUUUGGAUUCGGAACUGGCUUGCUAUUUAUACAAAACUCACACUAUGUAACUGAGUUUCUUUCAAUCCCACACACUUCCUGUGACAACUACUUAAAAUGUCUUUAAUUAGUUGAUUCACUGGAAUUGUUUAGACCUUGUUCAUAUCUACUUUAUCCUUCUGAUUGAUUGAUUGCAUCAAGAAUUUAGGGUGACCCUCAUUAUUAGUGAAGAAACAAGUCUUACUGCAAAAUUUAUUUAUAGUUUGAAAAUAUAUAUUUCUCCUUAUGAAUAUCAUGUGGAAAAUCUCCCUGUACAAUUGCUGCUUUACAUCAUCAAAUGCAGACUUUCUUAUACCUUAUAUUUUUUAUGUAUACAUAACUUAUAUCAUAUAAUGUAUGUCCCUAGGGCCUAUUUGGAUGUUGUUUGUUUAUUUUCUAAUCAUAUCUGACUCUAAAUUGACCCCUCUUCUGGUUUUCUUGGCAAAGAUACUGAACUGGUUUUCCAGUUCAUUUUACAAAUGAGGAAAUUGAGGCAAACAGGGUUAAGUGAUCUCUGCAGGGCCACAGAGAUAUUCAAGUGUAUGAAGCCAGCUUUAAACUCAGGAAGAUAAAUCUUCAAGAUUCUAGGCCUGGCCAAUUUGGAACUAUGCCCAAAGGGUGCUAAAAGACUGUCCACCCUUUGAUCCAGCCAUAGCACUGCUAUGUUUAUACCCCAAAGAGAUAAUAAAGAAAAAGACUUAUACAAGAAUAUUCAUAGCUGCGCUCUUUGUGGUGGCAAAAAAUUGGAAAAUGAGGGGAUGCCCUUCAAUUGGGGAAUGGCUGAACAAAUUGUGGUACAUGUUGAUGAUGGAAUACUAUUGUGCUCAAGGGAAUAAUAAAAUGGAGGGAUUCCAUGUGAACUGGAAUGACCUCCAGGAACUGAUGCAGAGUGAGAGGAGCAGAACCAGGAGAACAUCGUACACAUUGACUGAUAUAGAUACACUGUGGUACAAUAGAAUGUAAUGGACUUCUCCAUUAGUGGCAAUGCAGUGAUCCUGAACAACUUGGAGGAAUCUAUGAGAAAGAACAUUAUCCACAUCCAGAGGAAGAACUGUGGGAGUAGAAAAUAGAGGAAAAACAACUGCUUGAUCACAUGAGUUGAGGGAGAUAUGAUUGAGGAUGUAGACUCUAAAUGAACAUCCUAGUGCAAACAUCAACAUGGAAAUAGGUUCUGAUCAAGGACACAUGUAAAACCCAGUGGAUUUACACAUCAACUAUGGGAAGGGGUGGGGGAAGAGGACGGGGACAGAAGGAAAGAAUAUGAUUCUUGUAACCAAGGAAUAAUGUUCUAAAUUGACUAAAUAAAAUUAAAAAAAAAAAAGAUUCUAGGCCCAGCAUUCUAUCCACAGCACUACUUUGCUGAAUACUGAACCCAACUGCCUAUCUAUUUUUAUCUAUUUAUUUGUAUAUUAUUAUUCUAUAUUAUAUAUUAUUCUAUGUAAUAUUCUAUAUUAUGUUCUAUAUUGUAUACUAUAAUGUAUAUAUUAUAUUUCAUAUUAUUAUUAUUAAACUGAGUAUUUCCCAAAUAUUCAUUUAUACUUAUGUGAAAAAUCAGACUCUUUCAUAGGCAUGUUAAAAAUAUUUACAGAUAUAAGUUGAAAAAAUGAAAUCAGCCUUCUGGUCAAGAUGGUGGCUUAGAAAAAGCUGGAGUUCGGAUCUAAGGAAACCCUUCCUUACCAAUCUCAAGCUAUAUGCUCCUAGGGCACCAAAAUUCAAAACGAACAACAGCAUAGACCCUGGGAAUC